AUGUUGGUUUCUUUCUCAGGCGCAUCGAUUGGCUCAGAAGUUAUGGAUGCAAUCCCGGGGGCCCCUGGCUCUAGCGCUGCAGUCCCGGGUCUCCAACGUUUUCGCCGUCGACAUUCACCUGGGGACGAGGAUCGGGAAGGGGUUCUGUUCGACCACACCAUAGGAUUGGUCGUGGGCGAGACGCCAGUGAUCGGGAACAACGUGUCGAUCAUGUACCUCGUUACCCUCAACGCGGCGAGGAUUGAGGAGAGGAUCCGGAACCGAUUCGCGAUCCGGCGGGGAGAUCUGGUCUCACCGCUGGAAGUGCUGGAGCCACAGCCGCCGUCGGAACCGGAGCCGGUGGUGAGGACGAGGAAGAGGAGGGCGGAGAGGGCGAAGAUGAGGCCGAGCCAGGACCUGGUUGUGGUGGAUUUGGAGACGACAAAAUCUUGA